AUGACUGAGCCCGUCUCGGUCCCCGCCCGCCAGCGCUCCCCUGGCCACACCCUCCGCCCGGCCGCCGCCGCCGCCGCCGCCGCCCUCUGCCCACGAGGCUGCCGGCUCGGGACCCCCAGCUCGGACAUGUCGCUCUCUGGUCACCUGUGUCUCCUCACCAUCGUUGGCCUGAUUCUCCCCUCCAGAGGACAGAUAUUGAAGGAGGCCACGGCCAUUUCUCCAGCGGAUCUAACCAGUGUGAACGUUAAUGCCUUGACCCCACCAGUCCCAGACACAGUCCAUCGGGACCCCCAGUCCACACCUCGGAUGGGCCUGCAGACUGGUGGAACAACACAGGAGCAGAUGGAGGGGACCCAGACCCCACAACCCACGGAAACGUCCGAGCUUCUAGCAGCAGAUCAGGCGAUGGUGACGAUGACAACGGGCAAGAGCAGCCUGAGAGCAACUCCUUCUCCUGAACCCACCAAAGGCACCACGCUCUCCAAGAGACAGUCUCCAGGCAGAGACAUCAGGCGGGACCCCCCACUCGAGCCAACUGGUUCCAGCGAGGACGACCCCUUCUCCUACGACGAGGACACUCUCCGGAAGCGGGGGCUGCUGGUCGCAGCUGUGCUGUUCAUCACAGGCAUUGUCAUCCUCACGAGUGGCAAAUGUAGGCGGUUACCCCAGUUAUGUCGGAAUUAUAACAGAAUAGUCAGUAAAGCCCAGCCUGGGAGGGAAGACCCGGAUGGAGCCAGAGCCGGGGCUGACGGCCCGAGGCCCCUCUGCUCCCCACCCUGCCCACCCUGAGGGCUGCCCGGCUCCCUGGGCACUGCCCCCCAAUUACCCAUCCUGUUCAGACGAAAAGUAAAGCACUGUGGUCCUUGC